AUGGAGGUGGCCACCCCGAAGGGGGAGAUGCAGUUGACGCGGAUCCCGUGUGCGCCGAGCUCGCAGGCGGCGUUCUUGGUGAGGCCGACGAUGGCGUGCUUGGAGGCGGUGUAG